UGGGAUUUAUCGUCUUCAAUGUGUAUGUAUUCGAGCGACCCAUGCAAAUCCUCCUGACGGCUGUGCGGCUGCAAGGAGGGGUUUUGGAUCUGGACUUUGAUGUGUAUGCCAGGGGAUUGUGGGUAUUGCUUGGCGAUGCCGCUUGGUGGUGUCGCUUGGUGGUGCCGCUUGGCAGGCUUGGGCCGUUGCCUUACACUUUCUCUCUCGAACAUCAACCGACUCAGGCCCGGCGCCGUGGCCGGAUUCGUGGCCGGAAGCAAGCUCGGACAGAUCCGAGAUGCCAAGGGCGUGUGUGUCUACGAGGCCUUUUGCAAGCUGGAGCCUGUCCAGCGCACGAGUGUGCUGCGGGAGCUCGCUGCAAAAAUGAUCACGACGCUCUGACGAAUGCCUCAGCGAACAGGCAGAGUGUUGUGUCGUGGAAUAUAGCCGAUCUCGGGAAUGAUCUGCAAGCGCACACGGCCGAGCAAAGAGAGGGCUUGCGGCGACUCGAAUGGCUGUGGGUGAUCGUCGAUGCUGCAACUGUGCCCACCGCCCUCAUGGACUCGUCCUUUCGCAUCCGUUGUCAUGGCCUCGUUCUCAUGGCUCCGUGUGCCGCCGCAGACGAGUUGGAGACCGGGGGGUUGUCGGUUAUGCAACAGAUGCCGUCUCCGCCAGCACCUCGUUCACCAUCACACUCCCCCCCCCGCAUCUGGGCUGGAAAAGCCGCAGACAGGAGUCGGAAGACGAGAGCGUCGGAGCAAGCGCAAGCCAGCGCCGUCGUUUUUGCCUCCCCAGCGCCCCGAGAAUGUCCGAUCGGCCGCCUGGGUGCGGGCAAGCAAUCAGUCUGGAAUGCGACGCGGAACUCGACGAGAACGAUGGAUUUCGGCCGUGGGAAUAGAGUCCGUCUGGGUGUGGGAAACACCCCGGACACUCGUUUCAUGAUCUUGCUGCAUGGGUUGCUUCAUGGUUGUGUUGCAUAGCCCACAGCAUCGUUCGCUGCACUGCCGGG